AUGACCAAGCCCGAAGACUUGAAGGAAGGCGACCGCGUCUCCUGGAACUACGGCGGUGGACAGCCGACUGGAACUGUCGAGGCCGUCGUCCCCGAACACGACACCAUCGAGACCAAGGGCGGCAAAGAGGUUUCUCGCAAGGGCACCGCUGAGGACCCCGCUGUCGAGCUCAAGGCCGACUCUGGCAACAAGGCUAUCAAGCUUGCCCACGAGUUGAACGACGUCGACGAGUCGUCGACGGGCGACAAGACUUCGUACGCGAAGGAAGCGGCUGGCGGAGACGCCAAGACGAACCGCGAGGCUGAGGAGAAGACGGGCGACAAGGACGCUGGAGAGGACAAGUCUGAGGAGCGCAAGGAAGAGAGUGAGAAGCAGGAUGAGGGUAAGGACGACGCGAAGGAGGCGCAGAGGAAGGGCGGUCAGAAGAGCGGCAAGGCUACCCAGAAGAAGAAUGGCAAUGCCAAGGAGCAGAAGGAGGGUGAUGACGGCGAGGAGGAGACUGCUGAGGCCGACGACGGCGAGGACGACAACAAGGGCAAGUCCGCCAAGGAGCGCCAGAGCGAGGGAGGCAAGAAGGGUGCCGCCAAGACCAACGCCAAGCGCGGCGCCGGAAAGGACAACAAGGAGGAUGACGACGCCGAGGAGGGCGAGGACGAAGACGAGGAGAUGCAGGACGGUGAGGAGGGCGACGAUGACGAGAACAAGUCGGCCAAGCAGCGCCAGAGCGAGGGCGGCAAGAAGGGCGCUGCCAAGACCAACGCCAAGCGUGGCACCGGCAAGACGGCGCCUCAGAAGCGCGCCGCACCCGCUGAAGGCAGUCGCCGCAACCCGUCUCGUGGGGCCGCCAACAAGAAGAAGGUCACGGACGACGAUGACGAGGAGUUCGACGAGGAGGAAAUGGACGAUGAUGACGAGGCUGACUUUGACGAGGACGACGAGCCCGAGUCGAAGAAGAAGCAGCGCGCCGGAGGCCGGAAGGGCGGCAAGGCCAGCGGGAAGUCGAAGGCCCCGGCAGCCAAGAAGCAAAAGACGAAGUGA